AUGCUUGCUGAGGUUCUAAAAGAGCUUGAGUUGCAUCUGAGCAAAGUUGAGGGCGGUGGUGCAGCAUGCAAAGAGAAUUAUGCAGCAAUGGAGCAUGCAGUGCAGCUCUGUGAUAAGUUGAUUGAAUCUGGUCAGCAGCCAUCGAGACUACUAAGGCAGUAUUCCCUGCUUAUUAACAGGUAUAGGGGCAUAAUGCCGUAUAGAGAGCUGGACUUGGAAAUAUCGGCAUGCGAGGCACACAUAGAAUCAAUAGCGAGGCAAAGCUCUGUGUCCAGACUGGAGCAGGGCAUCUACGAAAUCAUCUCGGUUGCAGACUACAUCGACCACACAGUCCAGGAUGCCAGGCUUGCAAUUGACAACAUUGCACAAUAUCUUGAAGAUGCGGAAAGAUACACAGCCAUGGCAAGCCAGGAAAUGAACGCCGUGAUAAGUAGAAAAAGAUGGAAGAUUAAGGCAAUCAGAUACAUUGUUUCAUUUGUAUUUAUCCUACUGGCCAUCAUACUGUUUGUCAAGAUGGCUUUCUAG